GAGGCUUCUGGAGGGUAGCACCUCCUACAGCUGCCAGAUGCAGCUCUCUCCCGCCAUGAGAGCUGUCCCUUUGCACCUGACCAGGACAGUAAGCUUUGGCCUUGGCUGCCUGCUCUUGCUUUUUCUCCGCUUGGACCCAGGCCAAGCCAAGGAACUGAAGUUUGUGACAUUGGUGUUUCGGCACGGAGACCGAAGUCCCAUCGAUACCUUUCCUAACGACCCCAUUAAGGAAUCCUCAUGGCCACAAGGAUUUGGCCAACUCACCCAGAGGGGCAUGGAACAGCACUAUGAACUUGGAAGUUAUAUAAAGAGAAGAUAUGGAAGAUUCUUGAAUGAGUCCUAUAAACAUGAUCAGGUUUAUAUUCGAAGCACAGAUAUUGACCGGACUUUGAUGAGUGCUAUGACAAACCUUGCAGCCCUGUUUCCCCCAGAGGGCAUCAGCAUCUGGAAUCCCAGCCUGCCCUGGCAGCCCAUCCCAGUGCACACAGUGUCUCUCUCUGAAGAUCGGUUGCUCUACCUGCCUUUCAGGGACUGCCCUCGUUUUAAAGAACUCCAGAGCGAGACUUUGCAAUCUGAGGAAUUCCAGAGGAGGCUCCAUCCAUAUAAAAGCUUCAUAGAAACCUUGCCAUCACUGUCAGGAUUCCCUGGCCAGGACCUUUUUGGAAUUUGGAGUAAGGUUUACGACCCUUUGUAUUGUGAGAGUGUGCACAAUUUCACCUUGCCCUCUUGGGCCACCCAGGACGCCAUGACUAAGUUGAGAGAGUUAUCAGAAUUAUCUCUGCUAUCACUUUAUGGAAUUCACAAGCAAAAAGAGAAAUCUAGACUCCAGGGAGGUGUACUGGUCAAUGAAAUCCUCAAGAACAUGAAAACUGCAACUCAGUCACAGAAGUACAGAAAAUUUGUCAUGUAUUCUGCACACGACACUACUGUAAGUGGCCUGCAGAUGGCGCUAGAUGUUUAUAAUGGAAUUCUCCCUCCCUAUGCGGCUUGCCACAUAAUGGAACUGUACCAUGAAGAGGGGAAACACUUUGUGGAGAUGUACUAUCGGAAUGAGACCCAGCAUGAGCCCUACCCACUCACACUGCCCGGUUGCACCCACAGCUGCCCUCUGGAGGAGUUUGCAGAGCUACUGGAUCCCGUGAUCCCCCAGGACUGGUCCACGGAGUGUAUGGGCACAAACAAUCACCAAGUGUUGCUGUAAAAGAAAACCAGUUCCCAGUAUAAUCGGGAAUGAGUUAGGUCAAAGUUGUGGGGCUGCCAUGGGCACCGAGAUUAGCCCAAAGAACUCUAUUGUUGAAGGACUCCCAGGUUUGGCUUGAUCAGGAUGGAAUAAGGCUGCAUUGGAAAUGUCUAAAGGAAAACAGAUUUCAAGCAAAGCCCAGGAGGUAUCGUACAAGCAAGAAAAAGAAGCCACUAACACUAGCUAAUGGACAACGGAUUGACGUCCCCCACAACAGUGCUCGUUGGUUCCUGCCUUCUCUCAAAGAAAGGCAAAGUGACAGACUGGAGAGAUACCUGGAAGAGUCUUCCAUGCCCCGCCUCACAAGAUUGGAUCUCACAUGUAUGUUAAAACACACUGAGUAGCAGAACUGAAAAUUAAAAACCUCUUUGUGUUCAUUCAUGCCCCUUUCGAUGAAACUAAAAGCCAAUCUUUCCAGAAAGCUCCUCACAGCAGCUCCUGGAAGGCACUUUGUAGCCGAUAAAUAACCUGACAAGAGAAGAAAUUCAGAAACCGCACCUCAGAGGUGAGAGCACUCCACCAAGCACCUCCCGGAGCUCCAGGGUUAAGAGAUGUGGAAUCUAAAGCUGAGGAGAUACAAGGAUACACACACACACACACACACACACAUGCAUACAUGCACGCACGUGCAUGCAUGCGCACAUGUACGACCAUGCCACUAAAACAAAAUGAAAAUUUUCUAGAUGCCUCCAAGUCCAAAACUUAUUGGAACAUUGAGUGUGGCUGAAAAAUCUGCUCCAGAGGACAAAUGGGAUGUCCUAGGUGUUGAUUCUGGUACCUUCAGGAGCCCUAAGUGAUGUGCCUGGUCCAUAGUCACUGCUCCUGAUGCAAGAAGAAGCUGUGCCUAGAUGAUGAUGCCCUGUAGAGCCUUGAUUGGCCAUGCAGCAAAACAGAGCUUUAUUUCUAAGAUGGAUAAAGAUGACAUGGCUUCUGGAGGUGGCUUCCACUGGAAGCCAGAACCUACAUCAUGGCCAUCCUCUCCCCGGUUGGUUAUGGAAUGAAUCUCACUUGAAAAUAAAGGCCAUUUCCUCCUCUAGUCUA